AUGGAAAACCAGCUCUGGAGUGACACCCUGGGGUGCUGUAAUCAACACCAAGAAAGCCCCCAGGAUGCUGAAGACAUCCUAUUCCUGCUGGUGGGACUUAUCAUUCUUGUCAACAUUGGCAUCAACGUGGCAACUGUGAUGUGGCAUGAGUUCCAGAAUGCCUUAGACAAGAUUUUCUAUUGGAUUAAGCAGAAAAGUAAGUAUAUCCAGCCUUUUGAAUGUUCCCUCAAACAUUUCCCAGCCAAGGCCCAAGACAUCCACAUCCACUGCGUCCUGGACCCUGUACAGGUGAAGAUGACCCAACCCACAGGCUACUCCUCUUCCUCCUCUCGGUAUCUCCACAACCACCGGGGCCGCCACCAACCACACCGCCAGUACCAACCACGCCGCCAGUGCCGCCAACGUUACCGCCCCAGCCAACAGCAGAGGCCUUGGAACCACAGAAAAUUCUCCCAUGGUAGCCCAGUCUUUCAUAACCAAACUCACAACCGCAAGAUGUCACAGCUGCAGUCCAUACCCUUUUAUGAUAUGGAGGACAGGGACUCCUACCUGGAUGAGGAGGAUCUGUCCUUCCCACAUCCCCAGAACCCAGGCUGGGUUCAGCGGAUGGGACUGCCCUCCAACAUGGGGUUAUGGGGCCGCAAAGGUGGGAUCCUGGCCAGCUUGCCACCACCCUCUAUCUAUCUGUCACCAGAACUGCGCCUCUUACCCAAGCGUGUGGAGGCCAAGUCAGAGCUGAGGCUACAGUCCUCUGCACCCCAUUGUUCACAAUCCCGAAUUUGGGGCAACAUGGAGCCUGAGCAAUGGACCUCAUCUCCAUUACCUCCCCGCCCGCUGCCCCCUAAUCCUUCCUGGGUCCCUGGGGGGCAUAGCCCUUAUUCUUCAGGAGGCCAGACACUGUAUGAUGCUUGGGAUCAGCGGCGGCGUGGUGUAGAGGGCUGUGAACCCCCAACUACCUUGGUGUCCCGGAACCCCCGGCAGGAGGCCCAGGGCUAUCGGGAACACUACUCGCCCCCAUCCCACAGAAGGAAUCUCCCUGGUCAUGCUCACAGCCAGCCCAACCGCAGCCCAUACCCAUCCAUAGGACAUUUGGGUUAUAACCCCCGGGAUUCUCAUGAGGUGCGACACAGGGCUGCUGACUGGGCUGAGGCUAUGCCUCCUCGGCAUCCUCUGACCACUUCCACCUCCCUCACUAUGUUGGGUGAGGCUUCAUAUCAACGGGUCCCAGCUGCUAGCUCGGCCCUGCUCCCUCAUUGCUCCCAGCCCCUGCCUGAAGUCCAAGCUGUUGAUCCUGCCCCAGUCCCAGCUACCUUUGUCCCACUCAGUAGGAAUCCAGGUGGCAAUGCCAACUACCAGGUGUACGACAGCCUGGAGCUAAAGCGUCAAGUGCAGGAGAACAGAGUACGGGCCAACUCACUGCCACCACCUUCCACAUCAACCUCAAGGCCCUGUCUACACAGGAGCCGACCUGGGAAACUUAACUGA